GACAAGAAGCGUGCGUGCGAGUGGAUUUACGAGGUCUUCGGAGUAUAAUACAUGUGUAUAACUGUUGUGUGUGAAAUAAAGUGAAUUAUUUGAAUUUCCGAAUCCGUCCUAUAUCUUUACAAUAUAUUGUUGCAUUAAUUGAAGCAAGAUGAAGUUUGCAGAACAUCUGUCUGCUCACAUUACGCCCGAAUGGCGUAAGCAAUACAUAAGCUAUGAGGAAAUGAAGGCAAUGCUCUAUACUGCUGUAGAAGAAGCACCGUCAGCUGAAAGUGUUGAACCAGAAGUGAUAUCUCGACACUUUGCUUCUUUUGAUGAAGUAUUCUUUACAUUUUGUGAUCGUGAAUUGAAGAAAAUUAAUACUUUUUAUUCUGAGAAGUUAGCCGAAGCCACACGUAAAUAUGCAGCUCUUCAAAGUGAAUUGAAGACAGCAUUAGAAUUACAACAUGGUGGAGGGAAAAAUAAAGGGAAAGUGAAUGUUAAACCUCAUUUAUUACCAACAAGGAAGCUGAGAGAAUUGAAACUUGCAUUUUCAGAAUUUUAUUUGUCUCUUAUACUUCUUCAGAACUAUCAAAAUCUUAAUUACACUGGUUUUCGAAAGAUUCUUAAAAAACACGAUAAGUUAUUGUCUGUUGAUAGCGGAUCAAAAUGGAGGAUGGAAUGUGUAGAAACCGCACAUUUUUAUACAUCAAAAGAUAUAGACAAUCUUAUACAAGAUACAGAAACUACAGUAACAAAUGAUUUGGAAGGUGGAGACAGACAACGUGCAAUGAAACGUUUACGUGUACCACCUUUAGGUGAGCAUCAAAGUCCAUGGACCACUUUUAAAGUUGGAUUAUUUUCUGGUAGUUUCAUUGUUCUCUUUGUGGCAGUUGUACUUUCAGCAAUAUUUCAUGAUGGCGGUGAAAACUUAAAAAUUGCAUUUAGAUUAUAUCGUGGACCUCUGCUUAUUAUAGAAUUUUUGUUUCUUAUUGGCGUGAAUGUUUAUGGAUGGCGAUCGUCCGGUGUGAAUCACGUGUUGAUAUUUGAAUUGGAUCCGCGAAACCAUUUAUCUGAACAACAUCUUAUGGAAUUAGCGGCUGUUCUUGGAGUUAUAUGGACUCUCAGUUUAUUAAGUUUUUUAUACAGUGUCAGCUUAAGCAUUCCUCCAUAUGUGAAUCCAUUAGUUUUAGUCUGUAUCAUGUUAGCAUUCCUCUUAAAUCCAUUGAAAAUGUUUCGUCACGAGGCACGGUUUUGGUUAUUAAAGAUCAUUGGAAGAGUUUUAAUAUCACCAUUUGCGUACGUGAAUUUCGCUGAUUUCUGGUUAGCAGAUCAAUUAAAUAGUAUGGCCACGGCACUGUUAGACUUCCACUUUUUAACAUGUUUUUAUAUUACCAAUGGAAAUUGGUUAGAAGCAGGAGAUACUACGCAAUGUAUGUCUGGGUCCUUAAUUGUUAGACCUAUUGUUAAUUGCCUACCUGCAUGGUUUCGUUUUGCACAAUGUAUACGACGAUAUCGUGAUUCUAAAGAGGCAUUUCCACAUUUGGCUAAUGCUGGAAAAUAUUCAACUACAUUCCUUGUUGUUAUAUCUAAUACGAUGUGUGCCUACAAUGCUGCGGAAUAUUCAAAUCGUUGGGAAAAUCCAUGGUUGUGGCUUUGGAUCUUUAGUUGCAUUGUCAAUUCUAUUUAUUCACUAACGUGGGAUUUAAAAAUGGAUUGGGGUCUUUUAGAUAGCAAUGCUGGUGAAAAUAAAUUCUUACGCGAGGAAGUAGUAUAUUCAGCAGCGGGAUUUUAUUAUUUUGCUAUAAUCGAGGAUUUUAUUCUGAGGUUUGCAUGGAUCGCGAGUUUCGUUCUUAUUGAGUGUGGAUAUGUAUCUAGUGAUUUAAUGACAUCGGUAGUAGCACCUCUUGAAGUCUUCAGGCGAUUCGUUUGGAAUUUCUUCCGGCUAGAAAAUGAACAUUUAAACAAUUGUGGUAAAUUUCGUGCAGUUCGUGAUAUUUCGAUCGCACCGAUAGAAAGUUCUGAUCAAACGCAAAUUUUGCGUAUGAUGGAUGAAGAAGAAAAUGGUGUACUCAAUAGAGGUAAACGUAAAGUUGGUGGUAAACGACAAGCUACUAGUAAAGAAGACAAACGGGCAUUGCUGAAAGAAGAAACAGUUGAUAUAGAUAUAUCAAAUGCCAGUUAAAAAUAGUUCAAUUGUUUUAUUAUCAGAACCUACGCAAAGCAAUAUUAUUCCAAAUUUAAUGUAAUUUUUAUAUAGGCAAUAGUUUGCCAGAAAGAGUGCAGGUCGUACUUUAUGAACAAUUAAUAUUUCCUUUGUGCAUCAAAAUUGAAGAUUGUGAAGCUGAACUGAACAAAUGCCUUGUAUAUAUCCUGUUUAUUAAACUAUGAAUUUAAUAACUUAGUGUAAAGAUAUAGAAGGGAUUCGGAAAUUCAAAUAGUUCACUUUAUUCAACACACAACAGUUAUACACAUAUGUUAUACUCUGAAGACCUCGUAAACCUACUCGCACGCUCGCUUGUUGUCAACCUACUCUUCCAGAUGCUUCUUAACGACUGCUUAUCGGAUUUACAUGAUUUGUCGAAUUACUUAAUAGAACCUUUAAACCUUAUUACUUUAUUUACAUUCCUCUUAGUUUACAUUCAUCCAUGAUCUAAACCUUUCAAAUUUCUCUCUACACAGUGCCUUCGUAAAAAUAUCCGCAGUAUUUUCGCCUGUACUUACUUUAAUUAUAUUUAUCUUGUUUUCCUCUAAGCACUCGUGAACGUAGUGGUAAUUUAUACUUGAGAAAUGUAUAAAGUGUAUCAUAAUAGUUGUACAUAGAUAUUAGUGAGUUGUAUGUAGAAAGAAGAAGGGUUGAUAUUUUAAGAUGUUCAUUUUGCAACAAGCAACAGUGCAGUCUAUCUGUUAUUAUAGUAUUAUAAUUUUAAUUAAAGGGAAAGCGCACGUUACAUUAUAAUGUUCAUAAUUUUUGUGAUUAAUAGAGUUUUAAAUACAUUUCAUUAUUGGACAUUAGUUGUCCCACUGUCGGCCUGGUGUAAUCAAUACCAGCACAAAGUCUUCUGCCGCUGUACCUUCGAUACCAUUAUACAAAUGUAUAUGGUACUCCCUUUUCCUCGCCGAUAGUGGGCAUUCUGUCUACCGGCCUUGGGGUACGUCGUCGUUGAAAUCUCUGUUUGGGUCGAAUGUAAAAUUAAAUACCAUUAUUCAUUAUACCUUUGACUAUCGUUAAAGAAUAUAAAUGAUAAUAUAUGAAAUGAUAUUCUAUCUAAAUUAAUUUUCUUUUAAAGAAAUUUUUUCUGUAAAUAUAUGUGUAUAAUAAGUAUAUUUCCAAAACUUAUAUUCAUUCCACAUAUAUUUUUGUUUUUAUAUUUAAUUAUUUAAAAGAUCAAAAAAUACUAAAUAGUUAACUGAUUAACUGAAUUGAUUUGUAAAUGACAAUUGUAUGUACCUAUUCUUAUUCCUUGCAGCAAUGAAAAUACAGCAAAUUUGUAUGUUAUUUUCAUUAGUCUGUCUUUAAGAAAUAAUAAAUAUAAUGGUAGUAUGGUAGGAUAGGAGAGUUUGUGCCAUUACAUUAUUGGUUUUGAAUUUCUUCCGAAGAUAUAAAGUUUUAAAUUGCAAAAAUAAUAGUAAAUUAUGCAGAAUAAAAUUUGAUGAAAAUUUGAUGUAUAGUUCUAGAAAUUUCGCGAUAGCUGGAUCAGAGAGCAUUGUAGUUUCGAAGAAGAUACAAGAAAAAUUUUAAAGUGACAUAUCUCUUAAAUGAAUUCCAUCUCUAUUAAAUCUGAUGGUUUAAUUAUAUGACAAUUAUUUUCUCAAUGAAUUCAAAUAAAUACAAUGGCCACGACAAGUAUUGACACAUACUCUCAUUUUUAAAUGAAACGUUUAAAUGACAUACGAGUCGUAUGAAAUAACUAUUAACUAAGCGAUACGAAAUGUAAUAUUCUGUAAUCUAAUUAAUUGAUAUGUAAGUGCUAUAAGAAAUACAAUGGUGCAGUAAUACUUUUUAUAGCCACAGUAAGUAGGGGAUUAACCAUUUUCCAUGGAAUUUCAACGAUCUUAUGAAAUAUCAUUUAUGAAAUAAUUUGUAACUCCAUUUAAAAUGGAAACUUAAAAGAACAUGGUGAACAAUUCAAACGUUGCGUAGGAGAAUUUUUAAGCGUGAUUCAUAGAUAGAAAAACUAAUUCAUUCUACAUUUAUUGUUCUGUUAUACAGUAAAUUAUUUACGACUACCUUGUUACGUAAUGUAAAUACCGUAUACUGCAGUAGCGUAAGUCAAAGACGAAAGUUGUGAAUGUAGGAGGAUCACGAGUUGAUCGAAGGAUAUGCCAAAAAAAUGAGAGAGUAAUAUAUGUAUAUGUAUAAUUACUGAUCAAACGAAUUCUAAUAAUUUUUAAACGAAUUCUAUACAAACUAUUAUAAGAAUGUUCGAUUAUAAUAGGAUUGACAAUAUUUUAUGAAAAUCAUACGCAUACUCGGUUGAUCAAUAUCUGUAAUGGGUACCUUGGCCUCGCCUUAAAGGAAUCGAACAAACUCAUAACGAAACGAUAUUCGAAGAUGGUACCGUUAAGGAAAGGCCGACGCUAUACAUAUCAGAAUCAAAAUUCAUUCAGUUAUGGUGCUCAUUUUAAGACACUUUGCACUUAUUCAAAUUCAUGUCGGAUCUGUUUUUGCAGAUUUUAAAACACCUUAAUAAAUUAUUUGUGUUUAGUAUUAUUUUAACCAGUUGAACAUCUUUUCUCAUGCUUGUCAAGAAUAAAACAUAUAUAAUUAAUAGAUAUGUAUUUAUUCAUUGACUGACGUAAGAUAUUCGUAGUAAGUUUGUACAUGUAUUUAUUUAAUACUUCAGUAAUCUACAAAAAAUUGUAAUAGUGCCAUUAUGGGCAAACUUGUUUAAUUGUAUCUAUACAUGCAUUCUAGUUGUUUAAACAUAAACACAGAAUGGUGAACACUCGUGUAUCUUCAGUAACUUGUUAUGUACGUACAUAGUUAGUUUUAGUCUUAGUUAUGCACGAAUUGUUUCAACUAAAAAUAUUUAUGUAUCAUAAUUGUUUCACAGAAGUUCAUAAAGGAAAAUACAAAUUGUUCAAAAAGUUAAUAAGAUAAAUUUAAUUCUUUUAAUACA